GUUGUUUUCUGUUUAUUUUUAAGAACUUGUCAUUUAGUGUCAUUAAUGCCUUGUAUAGAUGUGAAGGGGUUGGUCCCUUUCCUCCAUGCUACUAAACUUCUGGUUCUCCCCUAGGUCCUAUCAGCAGUAUCCUGGUGAAUAAAUAUGGGAGUCUUCCAAUCAUGAUUGCUGGGGGCUGUUUGUCAGGCUGUGGUUUGAUUGCAGCUUCUUUCUGUAAUACCGUACAGGAACUUUACUUGUGUGUUGGAGUCAUUGGAGGUCUUGGGCUUGCCUUCAACUUGAAUCCGGCUCUGACCAUGAUCGGCAAGUAUUUCUACAAGAGGCGACCGUUGGCAAAUGGACUGGCCAUGGCAGGCAGCCCUGUGUUCCUCUCCACUCUGGCCCCCCUCAAUCAGGCUUUCUUCGGUAUCUUUGGCUGGAGAGGAAGCUUCCUAAUUCUUGGGGGCCUCCUACUAAACUGUUGUGUAGCUGGAGCCCUGAUGCGACCGAUAGGGCCCCCGCCAACCAAGGCAGGGAACGACAGGUCUAAAGAAUCCCUUCAGGAUACUGGAAAAUCUGACGGAAAAAAGGGUGUAGGUGAUGCAAAUACAGAUCUUAUUGGAGGAAACCCCAAAGAAAAGAAACGAUCAGUCUUCCAAACAAUUAAUAAAUUCCUGGACUUAUCUCUGUUCACACACAGAGGCUUUUUGCUAUACCUCUCCGGAAAUGUGCUCAUGUUUUUUGGACUAUUUACUCCUUUGGUCUUUCUUAGCAAUUAUGGCAAGAGUAAACAUUACUCUAGUGAGAAGGCUGCCUUCCUUCUUUCCAUUCUGGCUUUUGUCGAUAUGGUAGCCAGACCUUCCAUGGGACUUGUAGCCAACACAAAGUGGAUAAGACCUCGAGUUCAGUACUUUUUUGCUGCUUCUAUUAUUGCAAAUGGAGUAUGUCAUCUGCUAGCACCUUUAUCCUCCAGCUACAUUGAGUUCUGUGUCUAUGCGGGAUUCUUUGGAUUUGCAUUUGGGUGGCUCAGCUCCGUAUUAUUUGAAACACUGAUGGACCUCGUUGGACCCCAGAGGUUCUCCAGCGCUGUGGGAUUGGUGACCAUUGUGGAAUGCUGUCCUGUCCUCCUGGGGCCGCCACUUUUAGGUCGUCUGAACGACAUCUACGGAGACUACAAGUACACAUACUGGGCAUGCGGUAUGAUCCUCAUCAUCGCAGGCAUCUACCUCUUCAUUGGCAUGGGCAUCAAUUAUCGACUCGUGGCAAAAGAACAGAAAGCAGAGAAGCAGCAGAAAAAGGAAAAUAAAGAGGAGGAGACCAGUGUAGAUACUGCUGAGAAGCCAAAAGAAUACACAGCAGAAUCUGCAGAGCAGAAAGACACAGAAGAAAGUCCCAAAGAGGAGGAGAGUCCAGUCUAAACGCGUGGGGCCCAACGGUCAGUAGAGCAGCUUGUGAUCCAAGAUACCUGAAAAUACUCUACUGGCCUGUAAUCCAGCAGUGGUGCUCAAUGCAAAUAGUGGACAUUUGUGGGGGAGAUCAGACCAGGUGUUCAGUGAUGGCAUUUUUGUUUCACUUCUUACCGGUAGCCUGAAUUAAAAAUGCCAUACCUUCAGGGAGGGAGUGGUUGGCAAAGAAUGAGAGAAGGAAGUAGUGUGGGGUUUUUUUGUUUUUUUCUUUGAUUUUUUAAAUCUUAGCUUUUAACAGUGUCCAGAAGAUUAUAAUAUGUGCCUUACGUUUUAGUCUUUAGAACUCUUUAGGGAGCCUUAACUUUUUAAACCAUUCUGCUGAAUUCAUCUAUUUUAAGUAUUACAUUAUAAGGAAAAAUAACAACUAACUUGUUUGAGACCAAUCUAAAAUUUAAAAUUAACCUUCGUUUCAGUGUUACUCGUAUUAUAGUGUCAGACAUCAUCACUGGAAGAUUUAUAAAUAAAAAUAUUGUUUGAAAGUUGGGAUUUUAUAAAAUCCUGACCAAAGUAUUUUCCUGGCAUCAGCAGUUGCCUGGCACUGGGCCCGCUUGCUGUAUAUUUAGGAAAUUUAAGGCAUAAACCUUUGGAACCUUCUUGGCCAUUCUAAACACACUGUACUCAUCAGCACCUCGCUGGAGUCUUUUCUUGGGAUGCUAAUAUGAUUAGUGUUUGAGUAUUGAUUUCAUUCAAUUACUAUUUUCCCUUUUCAAAGACACAUUUUGAGUAGUUAUAGGCCAUUGCCCCCUUUGAGAUCACUUAGUAUUCUUCAGUGUGAAAGUUAAUUUUAAAAUAUGCAAAACUAUGUAUUUGUGCCUCAGUAAAGACCACACAUCUAACGAAAUGUAGACAGAUCUUUCAAACAGCAUCUGAAUUCAGCUUCGGUUUUACCAAAACCUCAGUUAAGCUAUGAGACUUCGAAUCUUUUUGUUACUGAUUUUCCUGGAAUUCUCACCCAUUGAUUCAUAGUGGUUCCAUUUAUAUCUGCGUCUAGCUUAGAGCCGUGUGUGAGAUAGUCAAUCUUCGUAUUUUUUUUUUUUUAAUGUUUGUUAAUUAAAGAAAGCCGGAACAAUUUGGCCCCAGGGAAACCAAUAAGGAUAAGAUUUGGAGAGAAGUUGCUCCUUUCCUUUUUCUGAGAAGGCCUGACAGAAAAUUAUGUUUUGCUUAUAAUUAUUGGACACAUUAUUAAUCUCCAUGCAAACCUUAAAAUAUAUUGUGACCCUUUUUACUUACAUGAAAAGUAGAGAAAUGGGUUUAAUAUAAGGAUAGGGAGGAUGGACCAGAAUGAAAACUGUAAAUAUUUUUUAACCUAAUAAUCUUCUAAAAUGCACAAGAAGAUAAUGAUAGACACUCGAUAAAUUAUAUUCAGUGAAUUUUAAAAUAUCAUUGUAAUUGACACAGUGAAAGUAUAGGUACAAAAACUUUUGUGUAACAGACUGGCUUUUCCAAAUAAACUUUUUUUUUCUUUUUUUUUAAGAAAUGUUUCUCCCUCCAAAUGUUUACUUUCUUGAGAAAAUAUUACUGUGUCUUUAUUUUCAUUAUCAAAAUCCAGUUUGGCCCUUGCUAAUAUUAAAUCAUUUAGCUUAUGUGCUCUGGGAAUUGUGUAUAUUGCUAAUUUUAUUUUUAUUUUUCUUUCAUCUUUAAAGCAAAGAAGAGGGGAAUUUCAAAAUCCCCUCUCUGAAAGCAUCCAAAGCAGUUAGACUUCAGGGCACAAUGAAAACUCCCUUUCUUUGCCUGAGCGUCAUGGCAGAUGGAGGAGGAAUUUUAGGGGAGAGGCCUGCUGUGAUUGUUGGCAGGCUUGGCUCCAGUUGGGACUCAGCUAUUUUCUGUGGCCCCGAGUCCAUAACCUCUAUGUGCUUUUCUCCCUUCCAUAAAAGUGAGGAUCACUGUCCAUGAGGUAAUAUAAGUAAAGGAAAUGGGAAGGGGAGGUAGGGUGGAGGAAAAGGACAAGAUUAUUUUCCUCAAUAGGGGAGGAAGACUUUUCCCUUUUUCCUUUCUAGGUUCUUUGGCUGGCCUAAUAACUAUAUUGACAUAAGACAGUAACAGGAGAAAAAUUUAAUUUCAUACAUACGGGAACUUCACAUAGACAUGGCAGCAUCAUAAAUAAUUAGGCAGCUGAGGCUUACAAGCCAUCCUGAACUAAGGAGAAGGGGGCUAGGGAUCUUCAGCUUCAAAAGGAAUAAAAACAGUUUACAGGAAGAUGGGAAGAACAAAUGUUCAGUAAAACCAUGCCAUGUGAAGUCUUACGUUUAAAAAAGAGUUACCUUUGGUAACAGUUCUCUUCCCUGGUACAGACUCCCUGUCUAAAUUAUUUCAGGCAGUAACAGGGAAGGUAAAAGUUCUCCUUGAGUCUAUUAGGCAUUGGCUGCCUUCAGCUCAAAUAAUCCACAUACUAACAUGGCACAUUUAGGGGCAGCCCUGCCCUGGACCCUGUCACCCCCAUCACAGUUGUUGAGCUACAUCCAUACCUAAGACCCUGCUUAGUCUUUGUUCAGUAGCUGAAUCUUUUUAGUGAAGUGAGGGGUUUGUGGUGCAGAUUGACCACUACUCAUUAGCAGCAAGGAUUGAAAACUGACUCAAAGAUGGAAUUAACAAACCUUUUAUUGCCAGUCCAACCCUGACUUUCUCCCGCUAAAGAGGGAGGAUUUAAACUGUUCAUUCAAGAUCAACUUUGAUAACAGCCAACAUUAAAACCUAAUAGGGGCCUCCUCUGUGCUGUGUCUUCUUGCUAACAGUCCGUGGAUUUUCUCUGUGUUGUAGGUUGUGUUUGUCCUUUACUCUGUGUGAGGAUUAAGUUUUAUUCCAGGUUUCACUGGCUGCUUUGGGAAAAUACAUGUAUGCACAAAGUACCUGCCUAUUCUUGCUUGUUCUCUGUCCCACACUGUCUGUAAGUCACAGAGAGAACUUAUCAGCUCUGAGGUAGCUGUAUGUAGUGCUUGGCUCUGUUCAAGAGUCUGCUCUGUAACAGGCCCCCAAGCCAAAGCUGGGAAAUUACUUAAGAUGAUAGGUUGGGCAAUCACAGAUUAUCAUGGUGACAAGACUGUAUUCUCAUGCUAUACGCAAGUUUGUUGAGAAUUUAAAUUGUCUGAACUAGUCAUAAGUGAAUAAUUUCUACAAAAAGUAUUCGGGAAAACAUGAUGGUAAAACAAAUUAUGGAAAACUUUAGAGGUGUUUAAUCCCUCGUUUAAUCACACUGGUGACUAGUCCUGAAUUCUUGGAUUAUCUGAAUUUAGUUUAUAUGUGUACUAUAGAUAACUUAUGUCAAUAUUAAUCCUGUAUUUAAAAAUUUUUUUUGUCAAAAACCACUUAAUAUUUUUGUAUGAGCCAAUGUUUUGCUGUAUUCAAUUUCAGACUGAUAAAUCGGGUAUUGGUUAGUGUGAAAAACCUAAAUGUCUGGGUUUUACCUUCCAUAGCGAAUGGUUCACAGUAUAAUAAACUUAAUAAUCAGGUACCCGCA